UACUGUUUUAGAGCAUCUAGUUUUUCCAGGAGUUUCUUAUACACAAUAAAUUCAGCCUUUAAUAGAUUGUGUGGCCUGUGGAGUUGUUUGAAUUCCAGUCGCCAACAUUUAUUAAGCUUCGUUUCUUUGUGACAAAAAAAGAAGCAGCUUCUUUUAUUUUAUUUUUACGGUAUUUCACUUAAUUGAAAACUGUUAAUAUUCUGUAACCAAAAAACUGUUAAUAUUCAAAUUUAAAAAAAUACAACUACUACAAACACUUCACUCACACAAGUAUCCCAAAGAAUAUUGAAAAAUAAAUAAAAGUAUCCCAAAGAAUACAAAUAAUACCCCUACACUAAAAAUGACCUCAAAAAGAAAAAAGGCUAAAAAAAGAUCUCAAAAACAAAGCUAAAACACUGGGUGACUUGAAGCACAGACGUACGAGUUUAUUGAGUUGAGUGAAUUAGCAUAUUUUUUUAUUUUUUUAUUUUUUUAUUUUUUAUUUUUGCGAAAGAGUGAAUGAGCAAUUUAAUUACUCUCUUCUUUUUUGUUGGUCAAGUCAAAUAAUUACACUUUAAGUCCAAGUAAAUUGGUCACCCUCACCACCAAAUCACAUAGAAACAGAACAGAACCCCUGUUUUUCUAGCUGGGGGAGAACUGGGAAGACAAAUGAAAGAAAUAUAUUCAGAAACUACAGAUUUGUGCCCUGAACUUUAAAACACAACUUAGAGCUUUGAAGCACAUCACAAAGCUUUUGAACUUCAAGUCUUCAACCAUGACUUCUCUUCGCAGAGAAAUUGGUAACCCUACCAAAAGAUUCUCCUCUUCCACUCCCCAUUUCUUAAUGAUGAUUCCAAAGGGUACUUCUGGAGACAUGAAACUUUCAGAUGACACGUUUUGUGCUGGGCAGAGUAUUCCAAAGAAAUUUUUGAGGAAAUAUGGAGAUGAUCUAUCAAAUCCAGUACUUCUUAAGCUUCCAAAUGGUUCAAAAUGGAACAUAGAGCUCAGAAGAUGGGAGGGUGAGGCUUGGUUUGACAAGGGUUGGCCAGAGUUCUCUGAGUUUUACUCUCUAGAGCACUGUCACUCCUUAGUUUUUCGAUAUGAAGGGAAUUCCAAAUUUCACAUUUGCAUAUUUGAUAAAAGUUUCGUAGAGAUUGAAUAUCCAUUAACGAUGCCAGAUAGGAAAGAAACUGACGCGGAUGAUGACUCUAGUGAUGAAUCUGAUGAUCAUUCUGAUGACGCUUCUCUUGAAAUCUUAGACAAAUUUCCACCAUGCCCAAGAAAAUCGAAGGAGAAAUCUUCGUUGCCAUGUCCUCGGCCUCACAAGAAAAAAAGAACAAGUUCAAGUGGCAACGUUGAUUAUCCAGCCAAAAGACAUGAUCGAGGCACGUCUAGCACCCCAAGAUUCCUAAAACAAACACAAGUCGUUCGUGGGAGGAUGCAUCCAUUGACUACAAGUGGAAAAGCUUUAGCUCUUCAGAGAGCAAAAGCAUACAAAUCUGACAAGCCUUCUUUCAUAGUUCCCAUGCAUCACUCUUAUAUCGGUCGACAUCCAAUGUGGUUGACAUCCGAUUUUUCCAUCUUUAUGGGACAUCUUAGUAAGAAUUCUGCCAACGUUAUCCUGUGGGAUUUGGGUGGGAGAGCUUGGGUUGUUGAAUUUAUAGCAAAACCAAGAGCCAAGUUCCAGUCUGGUUGGCAUGAAUUUGUGUGCGGCAAUAAUUUGAAUAUUAAUGAUGUAUGUGUAUUUGUGUUGAUUGAUGACACUAGACUUGUGUUUGAAGUUGUCAUUUUCCGCGCUGUAGAAGCUGCAAAUUGCACCUUGUUACCAGAUGUUGAUGGGGAAGAAACUGAUGAGGAUGAUGAUUCUGUAGAUAGCUUGGAUGAACUUCCACCAUGCUCAAAAACAAGGAAGAUAUCUCCAAUAGCACCACAGCCUCACAAGAAAAACAGAACAUGUUCAACUAGUAAAGCAAAAAAUAUCGAACAUGUUUGUGGCUCAUCUAAGACUCGAAAAUUUGUAAUUCGAAGACCUGAGGUUCCAAGAAUGAUGCAUCCAGUUGCAGCAAGUGGAAAAGAUAGAGCUCUUCUGAGAGCUAAUGCUUACAAAUCUAAAUACCCUUCUUUCACGGCUGCUAUCCAUCCCACAAAUAUAUGUGGAUGUUAUUUGGCUUUGCCAGCCAAGUUUGUCAAGGAACAUCUUAACCAGGCUCAUGAUAAGGUCAUCCUUCGUGUUUCGGAUGAAAGAACUUGGCAUGUCAACUUAUGCAAAUAUGGCAGGGCAUUCAGACUCCAGAGAUGGAUGAGAUUUGUGCGAGAAAAUCAUUUGGAAGUUGAUGAUGUUUGUGUGUUUGAGUUGAUUAACAACAUCAAACCUUUAUUUAAUGUUGCCCUUUUUCGCGCCAAACAAGAAAAAUUGAAAGAGCAGCCUGAUGGAUGAAGUAAUUGAGGAAGCUGAAUAUUUCACCAAGAAUACUACCAUGUUGAAUCUGAAAAUAGAAGGCAGAGGAGGCCUGCAGAUACCAACUUGCUUAUAUAUUUGUCCUCCAUUGAUGUUUUUGAUCACCUUAGAAAGGCACUGAUCUAAGAAUCUCUUUUGUUUUUGAAAUUUCAACUUCAUCUUGAAGAUUUACUUUGAAAAAGCAUCAAUGUAGAAGAUCUCUAUAUUUUUUUAAGUCAAUAUCUAAUCCAUCUCUAUAUUCUAUAGUCAUUGUACAAUUUGUAUUUCAAUUA